AUGCAGUCUGUUCAUUAUAAUCAUGGAUCAAUCAAGCUUACUCGUGAACGUUCAACGAUGGUUAAUCGUUGGGAGCGAAAUGAGGUGGCUAAAUGGAUUGCCGGUUUGGCCGGUGUUAAUCGUGGUACCGAUCAAAUAUUCAUUGAAAAUAAAAUUGACGGACAAGCAUUGACGGUACUCACGCGUGAUGAUCUCAUAAGAAUAGGUAUUAAUCAGAUUGAUCAACAAAUGAUUUUAUUACAAUCAAUUGAUUUAUUGACAACAUUGGCUAAUCGUUUGGGUAGUGAAACAUUAGCCCUAUUAUUCAUGCGCAUUCAUAGCUCUGCCACAAUAUGUUUCAAUAUGUUGAAAAGAUACAACGAUAUGUCACCACCGUCGACUAAUAACAAUAAUAACAACAACAACAACAACAACAACAAUAGUAUUGUUAUGCAAUCGCCAGAAUUUUAUGCUGCAAUCAGUUCAUUGUCAGAUGCUAUUAUCAAAGCAUGCCAUUGGUUAGGAAGAUUGCCAUUUAUUGAGAGUUCUGAAUAUAUUGAAUUGCGUCGUAAAAUCAUCAAAUCACUUGUUCAAAUACGUCUUCUAUUACGUAAUUUGCGAACAAUUGAUACAAUCAAUAUGUCUAAAACAAAACUUAUUUCUGAGAUUGAUGAGUUAAGAAUUUGUGUCAUCGCGCGAAUUCGCCAGAACAAAGAUUCGUUAAUUUCGUCUGAUUGUUAUUUAACACGUGUUAAUUUGAGAAGACCAAUUAAAGAUGAUAUGAAUAUUGAAUAUGCGACGAUGCCUGACUAUACGCAUGUAAUAUCAAGUAUACAAACAGAAUCGAUGGGAUAUAUGGGUACUGGUUUUAAUGCCAUUAACAUUGGCGAUGAAAUAAUUGAAAUUAAUAAUCAAGUUGUUCUUGGAUGGGAUGCUGAACAUUUUCUCGAACUUUUACAAUCUCAAACAAAUGAAAUAUGCUUAUUAGUUAAAAAGAUGCCCAGACAUAAUGAUGAUGAAGUUUAUGCGAAACGCAUGGCUGAGUGGCCUCCAGGGCCGAGAAAAACACGUGCUCGUGGUGUUUUAGAAAAAUUAAAACAACAAGAACAAGAUCAACGUACAAUGUUACUUGAACAAGAAGGGUAUAAAAUUGAAGUUGAAAGUGAUGAUGAAACACUUUAUCAAAGUAAACGAACGUCUCAAUGUAAACGAGAUGCACAUUUAUCGUUGCCAGAUUUAACAGAAACAAAUGGUGUUGAAAGAAUUGAACCUUCUAUAUCUUCAUCAUCAGCUAUAUCUACCACUAUCAAUGGUUCUAAAUCACCGUUGAAUUUGCAGAGAAAAAAAGUAGAAUCUCAACCGCACUCUGGAAGUAAUUCAUCGCCAAAUUCAACGCCGAAAAGUCAAAGAAAAACGAAUGAGCAACCAGGAAAAGUUCGAGGCAAGCAGCAAAAUAGCGAGGAGCACACCAAAACGUUCAGAAAUGAGUUAAAACUUGAAAAUGGCACUAUUUUGAACAAUGGAAUUGUGGCUAAUAAGCCUCCUCUCAUUCAUAGCGAAAGUCGUAAAAAUUCAUUUGAACGUCGUCGUCCAAAACGUAUGCCAUCGUAUCGUAAAAUAUCGUGUAAAGAUUUAGGAAAAGGUGAUUGUGAAGGCUUUUUGUAUCGUUAUUUACCGAAAGGAACAUUAUCAUUAUUACAAUGGCGACUUUAUUGGUGUGUAUUGAAAGGUGGCAUAUUAUUUAUUUAUAAAUCAAAAGACGACAACAAUCAAGAUAUGGAAAUCAAAUUAGAGGGAAAAAAUGUCUCUCCAGCUCCAGAAAAAAAGAAAUAUGCAUUUCGAAUUACCGAUGAAAACAAAUAUAAAGAAUAUUUUUAUUGUUCUUCACGUGAUGAAAUGGCAAAAUGGAUGAAUAAAAUGGGUCUUGCAGCAAUUAAUUUUAAUAUAGAUGAUACAAAAAUUGGCGGUUUUAAUAAAGGAUUUAUUCAAUCUUCACCAUUAAAUUCUGCAUCGCAAUCACGAGAAGGUUCUCCAUUAUUAACACCAACGAGUGCUGGUAAUAAUACUAUAAUUCACGGCCAAAUCAGUGGUGAUAGUGAAAAUGAGUCAGAUUCAACAUCCGUACGUGAUUCACCAAAGUUUAAUUGGACAAAAAUACCGACUUCUUCAAACACAAAACAAUCCGAAAGAAAUAAUAGUUUAUCAGAUACCGAACACUCGAGAGAUAAAAGAGUCAGCGAUGAUGGUCUUGACGACAAUGAUGCUGUGAAGUCCUUAUUAAGUCGACAGAAUCGUUCAUCCUCAGCUGCAUCGGUUAUAUCGUUUGCAGGUCAGAUCACACCACCUGAUCGAAGUAAAUCAAAACGUAGUAGCGAUUCGCCAAGUGAUUUCGAUGAUAUUAUACCGUUAAAUGCAGCACCACGUUUAUCGGAUUCCGAUUCUUCUACAGAUCAACAACAUCAAAGUUUAUUCGACAUAAGUCGUUCCCAAGAGCAUCUUGGCGAAUCCACUACUGAAACCUCACCAUCCUGGAAGGAUAAUAAAAUAUUACAAUCUUCUGGAGGCUUCAUGUUCAAUCACCCAGGACAAAUAUCCAAUGUUUCCUCUUCAUCAUCAAAUAUUGAUAAUAAUAAUAUUUAUGCAUCAUCACCCGAUGAACUAUAUUUUUAUUCAGCUGCUAGUUUAAGUAAUAACAGUUGUGGUUCAUCAGAGCCAAAUUCUCCUUUGUGGACGAAUGCGCCAUACAUUCCACCAAAUCUAUUACCAAUACAGCCACCUAUGCGUAAAAUGUCCUCUACUCCAUCAUCUUCAUCAUCAAUACGUACAAAUCUGAAAAAUAAACAUUUCUCACCGCUGUACAUAUCUGUCUAUAGUGGUCCACCGCUAAAUCCAGCAGCAAAAGCAACAGUUUCAUCUUCAGUUAUUAUACCGUCAAAUUCGACAACUGAUGAUACUCUAUUUUUUUCUCGACGUUCACCCUCACCACCUUCACCAACGACGACCACUAAAACACCUUAUGUUGUUUCACCAACAUCUCAUCAAUCACAAGCUCAUACAUAUCCGCAUGUACACAAUCAAUACAUUAAUUCUUAUCAUCAUUCAUAUCCAUUACAUCAAUCUUCUCAACCACCGGCCACAGCUAUUCACCAUCCAGCUUUUAUUAAUUUACAAAAUCAUCGUGCUCAAUCUGUAUCUACCCAACAACCUUCACCUACUGCUAUAACAUUUUAUAAAAAUCGUCGACAAUCUGACCAAAAAUAUUAA